UAGGGGUAAACCAUUCACAAAAAUGGUGUAUGUUGUCGUAGUAGGCUAUCUGUAGCGUUUUACUUCGAUUUUUAGUGUUUUUCUGUACAAUAAUGACCGCGUCCGAGCAAAUCGGCCUAAACAAAACAUGGGAACUGUCCCUAUACGAGCUGCAUCGCACCCCCCAGGAAGCCAUCACGGACAACACCGAAAUAGCGGUGUCGCCCCGUAGUUUGCAUAGUGAACUGAUGUGUCCCAUUUGUCUGGAUAUGCUGAAGAAAACUAUGACCACAAAGGAGUGUUUACACCGAUUCUGCAGCGAUUGUAUCGUCACCGCUCUUCGGUCCGGUAAUAAAGAGUGUCCGACUUGUCGAAAGAAGCUCGUGUCGAAACGCAGCCUCAGGGCGGACCCCAACUUCGAUUUGCUCAUCUCGAAAAUUUACCCUUCGCGGGAUGAAUACGAGGCACAUCAGGAAAGAGUGUUGGCCAAGCUUAACAAAAGUCAUUCAAGGGAGGCUUUGGUUCAGAGCAUCACAGUAGGCAUGAAAGCCCAAUCACAAAAUCGGCCGAACAGAUCAAGGAAGGCGAAUGAAACAGUUGGCGCGGAGAAUCCUGAAGAAGGAGCUUCCACUGCCAGCAAUAAUAAUGGGUCUUCGACAGUAGCAGAACCAACUCCACAAAACUCGAGUACAGUACAAAACCCGCCGGCAGGACAAUCAACGAACCCCGGUAGUCCUGCACCGUCUGGACGCAGCACUCCUUCGCAGCCUCCCAGUCCCGGCUCUUCUAUCGUGAGUUCUGCAAGCAAAUCCUUCGGAAAGCGGCCCAAAAGUACGAUGACGUCGGAACGUUCGGAAGCUGAACGUUCGGAGGAGAGCGAGAGUAGCGAACGAACGGAACAGACGGACACGGAAGGUGAACCGGAACCGAUGACGAUUAACGAAAUCGAGCUAGUGUUCAAGCCGCAUCCUACCGAAAUGCUCGGCGAUAAUUCGUUGGUGAGGGCCCUAAGGGAGAAUUCAAUUAGGUAUAUUAAAACGACGGCGAACGCGACGGUCGAUCACCUUCACAAAUAUUUGGCGAUGCGCUUGACUUUGGACCUGGAUUCGCAACUGUCGGCGACGCAUAGUUUAUUAAACUUUUGCAUUUACGUGCAACCCGGUUCCGGACAACAGUACGUACAGUUGAAUGGCAAUCAAACGUUAGGACAAGUCAACGAUAAAUACUGGAAAGUUAAUAAACCAUUGGAAAUGUAUUAUUCAUGGAAGAAGACAUAGGGUAUCCGUAAGGGGUCAAAGAAAGACCCCUAAUAUUAUUGUGUUGAAAAUUCCCUGUACUGUAAAUUAAUUUGUACAUUUAAGUAUAUGUUGAGAGGAGGUUUUUAAAGGCUGUACAUAAAUUGUGUUAGAGCGGUUUAGCAUCUUUUAGUUGCUACAUAUUUGGUUCAUGAAGUGUAGAUCUGUAAGUUGUAUUUUUAUAUCGAAGCUGAUGUUUUAAAUGCCAGUAAACGUGUCAAACCAA